AUGUCGCCCAAUAUCCACAGCCCCUCAUCAUCACGACCCGAUAUAAAUAGCCAAUGGGAGUUCGGCAGCUCGGCAGGAAGCCUGUUCUCACGAAAGCUGCUUCAACAAGAUGUCGCAUACCUGUCUAUUAUUCCGUCAGAAACUCCUGCCUUGUCACCGCUAAUCCAACCAACUAUGUGUCGUAUCCUUAUAACCACUACGACCUAUGCCGGAUGCCCAGACACCUGCAAUACGCACAGCGGUCCCGUCAUCACCGAAAACUGCCAGAAAUAUACCGAAACUGGUGUUGAGUGCGCCGAAGCUGAUUGCACGGUGGAAUAUGCUGGUCAAUCAAAGAGCAAGGGCCAGUGUGAAAAACACAGAGAUAAAGCUACCAUGACAACAACGCUUGUUGAAGGAGCCUAA